AGGCAGCGAGAAAAGACUAAUGAUCCAGCAUGUGGAGCCAGUCAUUCCAAUAACAUGGACAAGUACGAAAAGGUGAAGAAAAUUGGGGAAGGUUCAUUUGGAAAGGCUAUCCUGGUCAAAUCCAAAGAUCAUGGACACCAAUAUGUCAUUAAGGAGAUUGGCAUAUCUGGAAUGUCCAGCAAAGAGAGGCAGGAAUCUCGGAAGGAAGUUGCUGUUCUUGCCAACAUGAGUCAUCCAAACAUCGUCCAGUAUAAGGAAUCUUUUGAAGAGGGUGGCUGCCUGUAUAUUGUGAUGGACUACUGCGAGGGUGGAGACCUAUUCAAAAAGAUCAACUCUCAGAAAGGGGUACUGUUCUCAGAAGCGCAAAUCCUAGAUUGGUUUGUGCAGAUCUGCCUAGCGCUCAAGCAUGUGCACGAUCGAAAAAUUCUCCACAGAGACAUAAAAUCACAGAACAUCUUUUUGACAAAAGAUGGAACAGUUCAGCUUGGAGACUUUGGAAUUGCAAGGGUGCUGAACAGCACUGUAGAACUGGCAAGAACAUGCAUAGGAACACCAUAUUACCUGUCACCAGAGAUCUGUGAAAAUAAACCAUACAAUAACAAAAGUGAUAUUUGGGCCCUAGGGUGUGUUCUGUAUGAAAUGUGCACUCUUAAGCAUGCAUUUGAGGCUGGCAACAUGAAGAACUUGGUUCUUAAGAUAAUUCGUGGGUCGUACCCUCCUGUGUCUUGUCACUACUCCCAAGAACUGCGAUCUCUCCUUGCACAGCUGUUUAAACGCGACCCUCGAGAGCGACCCUCUGUCACGUUUGAGGCUGGCAACAUGAAGAACUUGGUUCUUAAGAUAAUUCGUGGGUCGUACCCUCCUGUGUCUUGUCACUACUCCCAAGAACUGCGAUCUCUCCUUGCACAGCUGUUUAAACGCGACCCUCGAGAGCGACCCUCAGUCAACAGCAUACUGGACAAACCUUUCCUCUCCUGCAGGAUUGAGAAGUUUCUCACACCACAGGUUUCCAGCUGCAGCACCCCAGAAGACCUGGCAGACUUGAAAAGUCACCUUGGGGACUGGAUUGCAGGCUGUGGUAUCCCUGACAUCUACACUGCCACACUACUUGAUGUUAAGAGGAUAAGGGGCGAGAUCCGAGGUCCCAGAUGGAGCCAGAAAGCCUGCAGACAAGAAACCAGCUGGAAAACACAAACCGGUUAG